AUGUCAUACAAACAGUUGUUUUAUAAUUCAUCCAGACAAUGCAAAAUUUCUAGUGUUUGCAGUGAUGUGAAGACUGUUGAGAAAACUACUAAACAAUGGUUUUUGUACAAUGAAAGGGCGACUGAUAUUGAACCGGACAAAACAUCUAUCAUCUUAUUUCCAGGCCAGGGGGCACAGUUUGUUGGGAUGGGCAAGGAACUCGUAAAACUACCUAAGAUUAAAGAGAUGUUUCAAUGUGCUAAUGAAAUUCUAAGGACAGAUAUUCUACGCACUUGCUUGGAGGGUCCUGUUUCAAAGUUGUCAAAAACUAUCCAUUGUCAACCGGCAACUUACAUAAUUUCCCUAGCAGCCAUAGCAAAACUGCGGGAAGAAAACGAUGAGUUAGUUAGGAAUUGUGUAGCUACAGCUGGGUUUAGUGUUGGUGAAAUCACAGCACUGGUGUUUUCCGGUGCCCUUACAUAUGAAGAAGGUUUGCAUAUCAUUCGUGUCCGAGCAGAGGCUAUGCAGAAAGCAUGUGAUCAAAAAUCUGGAGCAAUGCUUACGGUGUUUGUGAAUCCAGGAUCUCCAUUCAAACUCGCAAUAGCAGCAGCUAUUAACCAUUGCGAAAUUCAUCAUAAAAUCCUAAACCCGUGUUGCAAAGUUGCUAACUAUCUUUAUCCAGACUGUAAAGUCCUUGCCGGUAAUAGCGAGGCUAUAGAAUACAUUGAAGAACAUGCUGCUCAAUUCGGAAUACGUCGUACAAAACGGUUAGAAGUCAGUGGGGCUUUCCAUACACCUUUAAUGUUCUCUGUCUAUAAAACUAUGGCUAAUUCACUUAACAGAAUGGAGGAUUUCCGUGAACCUAAAAUACCUGUUGUUAGUGUUGUAGACGCUUUGCCUUAUAGAAACGCAAUGAAUAUUAAGCAAAAACUUGCUAUGCAGGUCACUCAUCCCGUACUAUGGGAGCAAACGUUGUAUGCAUUAUACAAUCGUCCACCAGAUGUUUCUUUUCCGCGUACCAUUGAACCUGGUCCUGGUAGACAACUUGGUGCUAUGCUAAGGAUGACUAACCGUGGGGCGUUUUCAAAUUACAUUUCUGUAGAUGUAUAG